AUUCGGAAAAACCCUAAAACCCUUCAUCGCCUCUCUCAGGACGACGAGUUACCCAGCUCAAUCGUUUGGCUAUGGCUGAUUUGUACUUCGAUGAGGUAAUCAAGGUGGUCAAGACUGAUAGCCAAGUAGUGUAUGAUAAAGUUUCUAGGAUAAAUGCAAGGAGUGAAGAAAACGAUUUUUUUGUGGAAUUGGAUGUGCACUCUGAGCUGUAUCCUAUGCAUCCCGAUGAGAAACACAGGAUGCUGAUUUCGAAUUCUCUGAUUAUCAACGGUUCAGGGGGGUCGAAAUCACUGGCAGACAAAUUCGAGUAUGUGAUGCACGGUCUUUUGUAUAAGAUGGCUGAUGCAAAGAGUGAAGGGGAUGCUGUUAAAGUGGAGGUAUAUAUUUCGUUUGGAGGACUUCAGUUGAUGCUGAGAGGGGAUCCUCUGAAGAUGCACAAGUUCAAGGUUGAUCAAAAGUUGUUUCUUCUCUUGAGGAAGAACUGAUAACUUUGGGUGUAAAAAUGCAAAAAAACGACAAGCUAUGAGACUAUGGAAAUGAUCUGGCCCGUUACUAACCCUAAUUGAACUAUUGAAGACUCUUUCUUUCCCUA